AUGGUUCUCUACAAGGAAAUCACUAAAGAGAAGUAUGUUUGCGAACGGACGAGUCAAAAUAACGAACAACAGCAACAUCAUCAACAAACAUAUAUUGAUAGUGGCAUGAUGGUAGCAAAUAACAGAUCGACUAUAGUAAAUGGAAAUAUUAUUAGUGGACAUAUGAUCACAUUAAAUAUUCAUGUUCCACAUGAUAAUAUUAUUCAACCGAUGCAAUUUGAUGUUCAAAUGUUAAUUGGUGAUAUAUGUCGAAGUAUUCAAGGACAUUUACCAAUUACAUUUGGCCAUGAUCAAUCGGAAUUUGGACUCUUUGUAAAUGAUGUACAAUAUCCAUCGAGAAGUUAUUGGCUUGAUUCAUCCAGAACUUUAAGUUAUUAUUCUUUAAAAACAGGAGACAAUGUUGAAUAUAAAAAUAAAUAUCGACCAUUAAAAAUUCGUUUAUUAGAUGGUACAAUUAGAACAAUUCUUGUUGAUGAUUCAUUAAUAGUUGCUCAAUUAAUGGUUUAUAUUUGUACUAAAUUUGGUAUUGCAAAUUAUGAUGAAUAUUCUCUUGUUUAUGAUCUUGAUUCUGAUGAUGGUAGUAGUACAAAAACAGCAACUCUUCGUCGAGAACGAUCUCUUCAACGAACAGAUAAAAAAAUGGAAGAAUUAAAAAAGAAAUGUCAUACAGAUGAUGACACUUUAUGGCUUGAUCAUUCGAAAACACUUCGUCAACAAGAAAUUGAUGAACAAGCAACAGUUGUUUUACGACGAAAAUAUUUUUUUUCAGAUACAAACAUUGAUCAACGUGAUCCUGUACAACUUAAUUUACUCUAUAUACAAUGUCGAAAUGGAAUUCUUGAUGGAACACAUCCAGUUACAUAUGAUGAAGCUAUUCAAUUUGCUGGUCUACAAUGUCAAAUGCAAUUUGGUGAUUAUCAAGAAUCAAAACAUAAACCAAAUAUUCUUGAUGUUCGAGAAUUUUUACCAAAAGAAUAUACAAAAACAAAAGGUGUCGAAAAGAGAAUAUUUCAAGAACAUAAAAAAUAUCAUGGUUUAUCAGAUCUUGAUGCUAAAUUAAAAUAUACACAAUUAUGUCGAUCAUUACGAACAUAUGGUGUAACUUUUUUCCUUGUUAAAGAAAAAAUGUCUGGCAAAAAUAAACUUGUUCCACGUCUACUUGGUGUUACAAAAGAAUCUAUUGUUCGAGUUGAUGAGCGCACCAAAGAUUUUCUUGAAGUAUGGCCUUUAACACAUGUUAAACGAUGGACAGCAUCACCAAAUACAUUUACACUUGAUUUUGGAGAUUAUGCAACUGCUUAUUAUUCAGUACAAACUCAUGAAGGUCAACAAAUAUCUCAAUUAAUUGCUGGAUAUAUUGAUAUUAUCUUAAAAAAGAGAAAAGAUCGAGAAUUAGCCAUUCGAGAUGGUAUGGCUGAUGAAGAAGCAACAAUGAUUGAAGAUAUUAUUGCACCUGGAAAAGCAACUAUUAUCCAACCAAAUCGUCCUUCAUUUGGUUAUGUCCAUCAACAGAAUGUUUAUUCACCACCAUUAAUUCGUGGAACAUAUUCGGAUGUUCCAAUUCAUCCUCAAUAUCAACAUUAUGGUGUAGAAUAUUAUCCUGUUCAAGCAUAUCCAUUUUAUGCUGAUCAUGAACAAGAAGAUUAUUUUACUUCACAAAUACAUGAACAACCACCAUUAUCAUCUAUUUUACAAGGUGGUACAGGUGGUACUGUAUUAUAUUCAUCAAUUGAAAAUGCUCGUAAUACUGUUAAUUCUGCUCAAUCUCAAUUAGCACGUGAUUUACAAAUGGAAUAUGUUCAACCUCCAUUAUCAUCUUUAAUUGAUAAUCAACAAGAAUAUUCAAUAGAAAAUCGUCUUGAUGUAAGUCAUCAAUUAUUAACAAGUGUAUUAUCAGCAAUAAAUGCUUCAACAGCACAAAUUGUUAUAUUGACAUCAGAUUUCAAUAAUAAUAAUAAUAAUCAACAGUUUAAUCGUCGAAAUUCUGAUUAUAAUCAUUCACUUGGUGCAGCUAUAUCAACAAUAACAAAUAAUUUAAGUGAAUUUUGUAAAGAAAUGGAUAUUUAUACAAAUUUAAUAAAUGAUAAAACAAAUUUAAUGGAACAAACAAAUCGUUUAUGUUCAAUAUUUAAUGAUUUAUUAACACAUAUUGAAGCAUUAUCAGAUAAUAAUUCAGAUCCAUCAAUAAGACAAAAUAUUCUUAUAACAGCUAGUCGUUUAGGAGAAAUAAGUCAAGAACUUGUACGACAUUUAUCGAAUGAAAUAACAAUGAAUUAUUUUGAUUCUUCAAUUGAAUAUCAAGAAAAAUUAUUAGCAUUAGCAAAAUCUGUUGCAAAUACAACAGCAUUAUAUGUACUUAAAGCAAAAGAUAUUGCAACAAAUGUACAAGAUCAAAAUAUUAUUAAUAAUAUUAUUUCAACAGCUACACAAUGUGCUUUAGCUACAUCACAAUUAGUUGCUUGUACUAAAGUUGUUGCUGCAACUAUAUCUAGUCCUUUAUGUCAAGAACAAUUAAUAGAAUCUGCUCGUAGUGUAACACGUUCAAUUGAAGGUGUUCUACAAUCUUGUACACCUCCACAAAUAAAUGAUGAAUUAUAUUCAAAAUUAACUGAAGCUGCAACAAUAGUUCGUAAAAGUCUUAAUGAAUUUUUACUUCAUAUUAAAUUAGUAACAGAUAGUACAGCAGCUAAUGUAGAUAGUAUAUUUCCUUCAAGUAUAAUUGGUACAAAACAUUUUGAAACAGAUAAACAAACAAGUAAAACAACAACAACAACAACAAUAACACGUCGAAUGAUUGCUAAUGAUGAAAUUGAAGAAGAAGAUGAAGAACAAGAUGAAGAAAUGUUUGAUAUUGUUAAAAAUCAUGAUCAAUCAAUAGAACAAAUUUUAACAACAAGUGAACGAUUAUUUUCAUCUGUUGGUGAUGCUGUUGAAAUGGUUAAACAAGCGAAAAUUUUAGCACAAGCAACAGCACAACUUGUUUCAUCAUUACGACAACAAGCUGAAUUAGCUAGUGAUGAUACAAAUCAACAAAAAAAAUUAUUAUCAGCUGCUAAAAUGCUUGCUGAUGCAACAGCUAAAAUGGUCGAAUCAGCUAAAGGUUGUGCAACAAAACCAAAUGAUACACAACUUCAAUAUCAAUUAAAGAAAGCUGCUGAAGAACUUCGAUCAGCUACAAAUAUUGCAACCAGUAAUAGUAUAAAACGAAAAGUACUUAAACGUGUUGAACAAUGCGCAAAACAUUGUGCAUCAUGUGCAACACAAUGUAUUGCUGCAACAUCAGGUGCAGCAAUGACAAAUAAAAAUCAACAAUCACAUCAACAACUUGUUGAACAAUGUAAAAUUGUUGCUGAUCUUAUACCAAAAGUAGUUCAAGGUAUACGUGGUUGUAUGGUUAAACCUGAUUCAUUUUCAUCUCAAUCAAAUUUAUUAUAUGCAUGUGAAGAUUUUCUUGGUCCAGCUACACGUUUAGCUAGUUUAGCAAAAGCAUCUGUACCAACUGUUCAAGAUCAAUCACAAGCACUUCAUUUAAAUAAUAGUUCAAAACAAUUAACACAAGCAUUAAUUGAUCUUCGUGCUUGUCUUACACGUGCUCAAGAAUUAUGUGGUUCAAUGCCACUUGAUAUUGAAUCAAUUGUUGAAUCAAUUGAAAUGCUUGAUAGAGAAUUAGAAGAAAUAAAACGACAAGCAAAAGAAGGACAUUUAAAGGCUAAAUCUGAUGAAACAGUUGAUACAUCAUCUGCUCAAUUAUGUUCAGUUUGUAAACAAGUUAAUACAAUUAUAUCUCAACUUCUUAGUGCUGUCACUCAAAGUGAUGAAAAAACAGUUGAAACAUGUACACGUGAAAUUCUUCAAAUACUUCGUAAAUUAACAAAUUCAACACGUGGUAUAGCAGCUACAUCAAAUGAUCAUCAAAUACAAGAAACAAUAAUUGAACGUUCACAUGAAGUUCUUGAACGUUCAACACGUCUUGUACGUGAAGCUAAAAAAGCUAUAAAUACACCAAAUGAUAUUGAAAUACAAAAUAAACUUGCUGAAUUAGCAUGUGAAGUAUCAUCAGCAUUAAAUGCAUGUAUAUCAAGUAUGCCAUCACAACGUUAUUUUGAUGAUGCUAUUAAACAAAUAUCAGAAUAUACUUAUAUAUUAACUGGUCCAUUUGAUAAAAAUAAAUAUACAACGACAAUUAAUUAUGAAUUAAAACAAAAUGAAAUAACAAAUUCUGCAAUUAAUCUUAAUCAAGCAACAAAUGAUUUAAUUAUUAGUACACGUAAUGGUACAAUACAAGAUUUAAAUAAAACAUCAAAACGUUUUACAAAUUCAUUUGGAGAUUUUAUUAAUAAUGGUAUUGAAUUAAUUAAUCAUCAACAAGAUGAUGAUAAACGUAUACGUUUAAUAACAUCAUUAAAAAAUGUUCAUACAUCAUCAAAUCAAUUAUUAGAAAAAGCUAAAAUUAUUUCAAUUGAACCAACAAUAACAAAUGAAAUAAAUCAACAAUUAUCUAAUGCAGCAAGAAUUGUUACAGAUAAUAUAAAUGAUGUUAUAACUGUUUGUUUAAUAUCUAAAACAACAUCUGAAACAUCAAUGGAUCGUGUUGAAUGUGAUAAUGCUAUACGUGAAAUGGAAACAUCAAAAACAUUUUUACAACAAUCUGUUUUACAACCAUGUAAUAAUUAUACAUAUUAUGAAGCAUUAGAUCAUGUUAUUGAUAAUUCAAAACGAUUAGGAGAAGCUAUGACACAUAUUGCAAGUGCAUCAAAAAAUACAAAUCAUCAAUUAUUUACACAAGCUGUACAAGAUGCAUCAAAAGCUGUUUGUUCUUUAGCAGAAUCAUCAGCACAAGCAAGUUAUCUUAUUGGAAUUUCUGAAGCAACAUCAACAAAAGGAACAUCAGCUGUUGUUGAUCAACCAUUAUUUACUCGUUCAAUUACAAUUAUUCGACAUGCAUGUGCAGAUUUAUCAAAUUCAAAUAUUGAUCGAAAAGAAAUUUUACCAUUAGCAACAAAAAUUGCAAAAAAUACAUCAGUUUUAUGUAAUGCAGCUCGUGAUGCAUCAUCAAAUACAACAAAUCCAAUAGCUCGACGACGUUUUAUAGAAUCAGCUAAAGAUGUUGCCAAUGGUACAGCUGAACUUGUUCGAACAAUAAAAAUAUUAGAUAGUUCAUAUACAACAGAAAAUCAUCGUCAAUGUAUUGAAACAAGUCGUCCAUUACUUCAAUCUAUUGAUGAACUUUAUACAUAUGCUAUGUCAAAAGAGUUUGCACCUAUUCCAGCAUCAAUUAGUGUUACUGGACGUCAAUUACAAGAACCUAUUUUAUCAGCUUCUCGAAAUGUAGUUGAUGGAGCAUGUCGUAUUGUUGAAUGUUCAAAAAAUUUAAUAGCUAAUUCAAAAGAACCAGCACAAUGGCAACAACUUGCUACACAUACAAAGAGUGUAUCAGAAUCAAUUAAACGUUUAGCAACAUCAGUUAAAGAAAUGGCACCUGGACAACGUGAAUGUGAACGAGCUAUUCAAGAUCUUCGAACAUUAUUUCAAGAAGUUGAUAAAGCUAUUACAAAUGUUGAAUCAUUACGUAAAACUGAUAAAUCUCUUCAGUUUCAUCAAGAACAAAUAUCAUCUAGUUCUCAUUUUAUAACAGAAUUAAUUCUUGAUAUUCGUCAAUCAUCUAAACGUGAAGCUGAACGUAUUGGUUCUUAUGUAACACAAUUUGUAACUUAUAUUGAACCAUUUGUACAACAUACAAUUGAUUAUGUAUCAUGUAUGACACAUACAAGAGAAAAAUGUCUUAUUUUAGAACAAGUUAAAACAAUUGUUGAAACAAGUUUACAAUUAAUUAUGGGUACAAAAGAAUCAAGUGGAAAUAUAAAAAAUAUACAAUGGCAUAAAAUAGUUGAUGAUAAUAGUGAAUUAUUAACAAAAUCAAUACAUAAAUUAGUUCAUACACUUGAAGAUCAAUCAUCAUCAAUUGGUAUAAUGAGUGGUUUAAGUGAAAAUAUACGUAAAUUAAUAUCAACAUUAGAUACAACAAUGUUAACAAAUCAAGGUUAUUUUGUUGAUUAUCAAACAUGUAUGGUUGAAAUUUUACGACAAAUGGCACGAACAACACAAGAAAUAUUAACUCAAACAAAUCAUACAGAUAAUAUUCGUCAUUUAGUUAAUCAAUUAACACGUGAAUAUAAUGAAUUAAUUAAUGCAACAUAUGGUGCUAUUGGUACAGCAAUAACAAAUGAUUUAGCAACACGUAUUAAAAGUGUUGUAACAGAUUUAGGUUUAAUAUGUAUUGAAUUAAUUGAAAAAUUAGGUUUAUAUCAACAAAAUAUUCAUGAUCAAAAUUUAAAAUAUCAUGUUGAAAAUUUAUGUCAAAAAGUUAUUGAAAAAAUUUCAUAUGUUUUAGCUGCUUUACAAGCUAGUGCACGUGGUACACAAGCUUGUAUUAAUGCUGCAAGUACAGUUAGUGGAAUUAUUGCUGAUCUAGAUACAACAAUAUUAUUUGCUACUGCUGGUACAUUAAAUUCUGAACAUGAUGAUGAAACAUUUGCUGAUCAUCGUGAAGCUAUUUUAAAAACAGCUAAAGCAUUAGUUGAAGAUACAAAAACAUUAGUAGCAGGUGCAGCAUCAUCACAAGAACAAUUAGCAUCAGCAGCUCAAGCAGCUGUACGAACAAUAACGAAGCUUGCUGAAGUUGUUAAAUUAGGUGCAGCAUCAUUAGGUGCUGAUGAUGGUGAAGCUCAAGUUAUGCUUAUCAAUAGUGUUAAAGAUGUUGCUUUAGCAUUAAAUAAUUUAAUAAAUGUUACUAAAUCUGCUAGUGGUAAAAAUAUUGAUGAUCCAGAAAUGCAAAAAUUAAAAGAAAGUGCUAAAAUUAUGGUUACAAAUGUAACAUCAUUAUUACGUACAGUUAAAUCAGUUGAAGAUGAAGCACAACGUGGUACAAAUGCACUUGAAGCAACUAUUGAAUCAAUUGCACAAGAACUUCGAAUGUUUAAUAAUGGACAAAUACCAACAAAUCAAACAACACCUGAAGAAUUAAUUCGUGUUACAAAACAAAUUACCAUAGCAACAGCGAAAGCAGUUGCAGCAGGUCAAUCAUGUCGACAAGAUGAUAUAAUAGCUGCAGCUAAUUUAGGUCGUAAAACUGUAUCAGAUUUUCUAUUUAUAUGUAAAGCAAGUGCAUAUAUAAAUGAUGAUAAAAUAUUACAACAACGUACAUUAGAUAGUGGAAAAUUAUGUAUUAAAUAUUAUAAAGAAUUAUUAGAAACAAUACAUAUAUUAAUACAAAAAUCAUCAAAUGAAACAAAACAAAAAUUACUUAAUUAUUCACGAAUGAUUGCACAAUCAACACAAGAACUUGUUCAAUGUGCUAAACAACUUAAAGGUGCUGAUUUAAUUGAUCCAGAUGAUCCAACAUAUAUAGCUGAAAAUGAAUUAUUUAAUGCUGCACAAUCAAUUGAAUCAGCAGCAAAAAAAUUAUCAAUUCUUAAACCACGUCGAAAACCUAAAGAAAUAAAUGAAAAUCUUAAUUUUGAUGAACAAAUUCUUGAAGCAGCUAAAUCAAUAAUGAAUGCAGCUGGUGCAUUAAUUAAUGCAGCAACAUCAGCACAAAAAGAACUUGCUUCACAAGGAAAAAAACGCACAAAUCCAUUUUUGCCUAAAAAUGUUUUCUCAGUAUCUACUACCAAUAAAGGCACAUCGCCUGCACAGCUUUCAACAAAAUCAACUUUAGAAGAAGAUGGUCAAUGGUCUCAAGGAUUAAUAUCAGCUGCACGUUAUGUUGCAUCAGCAUGUCAUGUAUUAUGUGAUGCUGCUAAUGGACUUGUUCAAGGUUAUGGUACAGAAGAAAAAUUAAUAUCAAGUGCUAAACAAGUUAGUUCAAAUACAGCAGCAUUACUUGUAGCUUGUAAAGUAAAAGCUGAUUUUAUGAGUCAAUCAAUGGCACGUUUACAAACAGCUGGUAAUGCUGUUAAACGUGCUACUGAUGCUCUUGUACGAUCUGCUCAACGUGCUGUUGAAAUGCAACAAGAAGAUAAAUAUUUUGAAGUAUCUAUGCGUGUUGUACCUGGUAUUGCACAAGAAAUAAAAUGUAAAGAAGUUAUAUUAACAAAAGAACGUGAAUUAGAUGAAGCACGUAAUCGUCUUAAAGCAAUACGUUUAGCAAAAUAUGGUCAUAAUGAACAAGAUUCGAAUGAAAGUACAUGA